AUGUUCAAGUCGACAUUAUUUUUGCUUACUUUCAAGCUGGCAUCCACUUGCAAUCCUGGUGUAGGUCCAGAUGCGGCUAUUGUAACCAAUCCCACCUUCACCUUCUCAUUUUAUCCUCCCAUUGCCUGGACCUAUUAUACGGCUCCUCCACCAGCUGGGAUCAACGUUGCCGAUGCCACAGUAUAUGCUGGACAGCAAGCUUCUCUUAAUGAUGCGCAGCGUGUCAUGCAGAAUGAUAUUGAUGCAGCUAUUCUGAAAUCUUUAAACAAAUUGGGGGUGUCCACUCAAGGGACAACUUGGCAAGUAAAUGGUUAUACACCACAAAAUUGCCUUAUCCGUGGAGAUAAUGGACAAGCAGGCUGGCGUGCUGUUGGCACUUGCGUUCCACAGAUCGGUGCCAUUACUGCAAUUAGAACUGUCGUGGACACUAAUUCAGGGACGGAUAAUUUACAGCGAGGAACACUUCGAGUAACAACAUCUCUGCUCGUAACGCGUUCACAAUGGAACUACAUCGCUUCGGAAGUCUACAAUCAACUCAACGUCUAUUCGAAAGUGUAUUUCACAACGCCAAUCACUCUUCAGUAG